AUAAACACAAUUGUUUUACGUACUGUGAGGUUAUACGAAUUCCAGAGGUUAGCGGCAGAAGUUUGCUUAGUGAGCAUCUAGAACCUUGGCACAGCAAUUAUGAUAACUUUCAACAGAACAUUCAACUAUUGAUCCGCUUAAGAUUGUAGCUAACAGACAGGGUCAUUACUGUUGAACUAGUCUAGCCAACAUUAUCCAUCAUGCCGUUUGGUCAAGUCGUUGUCGGCCCGCCGGGCAGCGGCAAGACCACGUACUGUCGCGGCAUGCAGCAGUUCCUCCAGGCUGCAGGCCGCAAGGUGGCGAUCGUGAACUUGGACCCCGCCAAUGACAUGUUGCCGUACGAGGCAGCAGUGGACAUUGCUGACUUGGUUUGCUUGGAAGAGGUCAUGGCGGAGCUAAAGCUGGGACCGAACGGAGGCCUGUUGUACUGCAUGGACUACCUGGCUGCCAACCUGGACUGGCUGCACGAGCGACUGGCGCCCCUGGAGCAGGACGACACCUACCUCCUGUUCGACUGUCCGGGCCAGGUGGAGCUGCUGGCGGCGGCGGGGGGCGGCGCGCUGAGGCGGACACUGGCGUCGCUGACGGGGGAGGCAGGAGGGGGAGGAGGAGCAGGAGCAGGCGGAGCAGGAGAAGCGAAAGCCACAGGGGAAUCGGGAGCAGCAGAAGGAGGAACAGAAGGAGGCAACGGCAGCAGCAGCAGCAGCAGCAGUGGCGGCGGCGGUGUGGUGUUACGGCGGUGCAGCUACCGGCUGGUGGCGGUGCAGCUGGUGGAUGCGCACCUGUGCACCGACCCGGCCAAGUACCUGUCCGCGCUGCUGCUGUCGCUGCACACCAUGCUGCACCUGGAGCUGCCGCACAUCAACGUACUCAGCAAAAUGGAUCUCAUACGGCAGUACGGCAAACUAGACUUCAACCUGGAGUUCUACAUGGAGGUCCAGGACCUGGGGCACCUGGUGGCGGCCAUGGGGGGGCGGCCCUUCUCGCAGAAGUUCAGGAAGCUGAGCGCAGGGCUAUGUGAGGUGGUGGAGGAGUUUGGGCUCGUCAACUUCGUACCCUUUGCCGUACAGGACAAGGAGAGUCUACAGCGGCUCAUGAUUGCGGCCGACAAAGCCAACGGCUACUGCUUCUCCACCCUGCGAGCCGGCCACCACAUGCCGUACCCGCCUGAGCUGCUGUACGGCAGUGCUGCCAGCGGCGGCGUGGCGGAUCGCGACAUCUGGCUGAGCAUGCAGGAGAAGUACGUGGAGGGGGAGGUGACGGAGAGGGAA